AGUUUUGCAUCCACAAUGCGUACGGACGUUCGAACUAUCGCAUCAUUCUUCAUAAACUUUCUAGUUACAACCUUAUUCUCGUAUCCUGCCAAAAUUCCGAUGAGGUCGUACACAUUCCCCGAAGACGUUGAUCAAGGCGUGUUGGCUACACUUCGCUAUAGUGAACGUUUACAUAAUAAUAACCGCAAGAAUCCAUUCAAACUCGAAUUGAAAAAUCAUCACUUGCAAGCGACUGAAUCUGACACUUGGAAUGUUAUUAAUACUGGAAUGAUGACUAUAAUGUGCGGCGAUAGCGGUAGGGCACAUGAAGCAUUUGUUGGUGUGGCUGACAACUUGGAAAUGCCGCUUAUUAACUGGGAUCUUGCACCUGUGAUACCGUCUGAUGGAUUCUUCAACAAAAUGAUAUUGUUCGGCAAUUUCAGUUUCGAAAUAAGCAUCCGUCCACCAACUGCGGAAAUCAUUGCUGAUCUUAUAUUGCACAAGAGAUGGACCGAGGUUGUUUAUAUGCACGACGGAAAAAAUUCUGCAAUUACGCUUCAAUGGAUAUACUAUCAUCUGCAUAGAAAAAGUAAUUUAUCCGUGAACACCGAGAUGGUUCGCAUUCCUCGCGAUAUUGAACAAUUCUCUGAUUUUCUUCUACGUUUCCAUGUGAAUCGAAUGAUGAAUGAUUCAAGCAAGAGAAUAAUCCUGGAUGCAUCCUCAUCGUUUCGUCAACAGCACAUGUUGGCUGCAAUUCGCUCAGCACAGUUCAACCAGUUACAGUAUCAUUAUGUUGUGGCUAAUUUUGACUUCUUGCCGCAUGAUGUGGAGCUAUUCGAGAGUGGAAAUAUCAAUAUCUCUGGAUUCCAAAUAAUUGAUCGAGAAACGAAAGAAUAUUGGAAUUUGAGAAGACAUUUAGUGAAUGAGACGUCUUCGCGAGGAAUGUAUCAAGUGCAGUUGGAGGUAUUCUUUGGAAUCAGGAUCACUUUNCUUUCAAUCUUUCAGAACGGUCAUUUAAGAGGUCGUGCUGCGUUUGUCUACGAUGCGGUUUUAGUUGCAAAAGCUGCAUUUCAAGCAACUUUGCGACGGAAUGACUCAUUGUUCAGGCAGAAUUUCCGUCACGGGGAUUUGUAUAAUCGUGGUUAUCCAGGAAUAUAUUGUCAUCCAAAUUUGGAUUUUAAUAAUCCGCAAAGACCGUUCACUACAUUUGAACACGGCCAAGCUAUUGCGAGAGUGUUCAGAGGGUUGAAACUGGACAAAAAGGAUGGCACGUUGAGUGGUCGUAUCGAAUUUGAUCGUUUCGGGUUAAGGAAGAAUUUCGACGUUACAGUGAUCGAUCUGGUAUCGAACGCAAAAUCUGCAUUCAAUCGCAAAGAGAUGAUGGUUUGGAAACAAGGCGUGGGAUUUUUCGCGAAUCAAACAAUCGCUCAGCACACGAGAAAACAAAUGGAAGAUUCAGGAGAGCGUAAGCUCAUUAGAGUCAUCACAGUUAUUACAGAACCAUUCGUGAUGAUCAAGCGAGGUUGCGAGGCAUCCAACCAUAGCGAGUGUCAAGGCAAUGAACGUUACGAAGGCUUCUGCAUUGAUCUCCUCAAAUUACUCUCCGAUAGGAUAGAAGAUUUCCAAUAUGAAAUCAUGUUGGCAAGUAAUCAAGGAGCGAGACAACCAGAUGGUUCAUGGGAUGGCAGUAUUGGAGCGCUAUUGAGCGGUACUGCUGACGUUUGCGUUGCAUCACUUACCAUAAAUCAGGAUCGUGAACGUGUUGUCGAUUUCUCGAAACCGUUUAUGACAACCGGGAUCAGCAUCAUGAUCAAAAAACCCGAUAAACAAGAAUUUUCAGUAUUCUCGUUUAUGCAGCCGUUGAGCACCGAAAUUUGGAUGUACAUUAUAUUUGCGUAUGUCGGAGUUUCGGUUGUAAUAUUUCUCGUAUCUCGUUUUUCGCCAUAUGAGUGGCGCGUUGAGGAGAUGCCCAAUGGGAACGGCUUCACAAUAUCGAAUGAUUUUUCGGUCUAUAAUUGUCUUUGGUUUACGCUAGCUGCCUUCAUGCAACAAGGAACUGAUAUAUUGCCGAGGCAAGUUUUGAUCAGUGAUCCACUGAAUCAAGUGAACUUUUAUGACCGUCUUUGGUGAUCGAUCAGUGGUCGAAUUGCGAGCAGUGCGUGGUGGUUCUUCACGAUGAUAAUCGUCUCAUCUUAUACUGCAAACUUAGCUGCUUUUUUGACACUCGAAAAGAUGCAAGCUCCGAUUGAAUCAGUUGAGGAUCUUGCUAAACAAACCAAGAUCAAGUAUGGAAUUCAAAUAGGUGGUUCGACGGCACAGUUCUUCAAGGCACUAUUCAUCACUGCAAAUUUAUCAACGAAUGUGGCGUUACAUGGAAUCGCAAGUGGGUUUUACGAUACGAUAUCAUUGCGAAUUCCUCUGCUAAACUUAAUUGAGGUACCAACAGUGUUCACUUCAACAUACGCAGAAGGAAUCGAACGUGUACGUAAUCAUAAGGGGAGGUAUGCGUUCUUACUUGAAGCAACCGCAAACGAGUAUGCAAACACCAGAAAACCGUGUGACACCAUGAAAGUUGGUGCAAACUUGAAUUCAGUUGGUUACGGUGUGGCGACACCCUUUGGAUCCCCGUACAAAGAUCAAAUCAACUUGGCAAUUCUUGCGAUGCAAGAAAGAGGUGAACUGAAAAAAUUAGAGAAUAAAUGGUGGUAUGACAGAGGACAAUGUGAUCAAGGAAUUACAGUCGAUGGACAUAACGCGAGUUUGAAUCUGAGUAAAGUGGCUGGAAUAUUUUAUAUUCUGAUGGGUGGUAUGAUCGCGUCGAUGAUCGCUGCACUCGGCGAAUUCUUGUACCGUUCAAGAAUUGAUGCCCGCAAAGGGAAUGUUGGAUCACUGGUUGGAUGUCUUGCGGAGAACCUGAGGGGUUCAUUAUUUGCGCAACUUCGUCUUUCACUUCGAGGAGGUGCUGUCGCUGAACAAGGCACACCUGUAUAUGAUGCUCUUAAACAACAACAGGCAUCUUCAGUGUUGCCUUCAUCAGAUGGCAACCACAAAAUGAUGAAAAAUCAUGAGGAAAUUUCGACGACCGGAAUCACUCCAAGGAGGUAUAAUACAGCUGUAUGA